GGACGCUGCACCACGUGACCGAGCUAUCCGCCCACUGCGCAGAAGCAGCAGCGCACAGCAGCAAAAGCUAUUGUUUCACCGCGUAGCUCCCGCUCUGUGUACCCGAUAAAGCCACACCGACGUUUGCCACAAUGGCUCUCAUCUCUUUUGAAGACCUUGCUGAACUGGAUGAUGAGCAGUUGGAUGAUGAUGUCACUGACAGCUCUGAGCCAAUGGAUGAUGAAGAGCAGGAAAGGUUGUAUGCUCAUUGGCAGGCAGUGGGAAGGACACAUCAGGUGACCGUUCCAAGAGAAAUGACGGGACCAAUUAUGGAGAUGACAAGGAGGAACCAGGAGAUGGGACAAGAACGAGUUCCUUUUGCUGUCAUCUCAAGACAUGAAAAGCUUGGUGAGAUAAUGUAUGAAGAGAGAGUGUAUCCAGCAGGGAAAUGGGCUUGUAUCACUGUUGGGGAGAACCUGUAUGAGCAGAGCAUCUCUAAGGGCUUCAUGAAACUCAUGCGCUUCAUCUGCAAAGAGAACUCAGCUGGCCGCUACUUGGGCAUGACCGUGCCUAUUGUGAAUGAAAUAACGAUGCUGGAUGACGGCUCCAGCUUUGUCAAAGAUGUUCUGACGGCAUAUUACCUGCCUGCAGAGUUCCAGGCCAACCCACCCCAACCUUCUGACCCAGACAUCACUAUCGUCCACAGGGACACAAUCAGAGUCAUCACCCGGGUUUUCUUUGGCACCACCACAGAGGAGACCAUCUCUCGGCAGAUCAGCUUGCUGUCUGAGCUGCUGGGCACAUCUGAAAAUGUUCACCGUGACACCUACAUGGUGGCUGUUUUUGAGAAUCCUGGGGUGCCGAGUCGUCGAAACGAGAUCUGGUUCAUUCGCAGGGACCCCUAAGAACAUUCUACUCUCUGCCGCCCACCCUCACACAGUCAAUUGUAUACACAUAUACUUGUGAUCAUUAUUACACCCCCUAACCUGUGGCACCAUAAGAAGGGCCAGGGAAUGGCCAAACGUCUCAAAAUAACAGGAUUGGGCUUAUUACUUAAAUAUAAUAAUCAAUAUUGACUCAGGAAGUUCUUUGACUGAAGACUUGAUAGGUAGUCUUCACUCAAAGGUAACCCUGAAGAGGAUAUGCUAAAUUUCCUUCGGGAUCAAUAAAGUAUUUAUCUAUCUAUAUAAAGCCAGUAGCAAAUAACUACACAAAUACACCAUGAACACUAAGCACGUCACUCACUUAGAUGGCUUAAUAGUUUGGUAGCCUAGCUAAUAAAGCCAGAAGUAAUGAAAGGUAUGUACUUUGCACUGCUUGGAUUAUCCUUUUUCCUAAUUACAUUCUGACUCACCUUACCAUCGCGUUGAUAUUGCAGCAUCAUUCCUUCAGGCACACUGAGCAGGGUUUUGUCCCAUGUAAUGAAGAAAUGAUGUUCAAUGUUAGUGGUGGGGAAAAUCACAUUUCCAAGAAGUUUGAGUUUUACAGAGUACUUGUGGGAGCUUUGUGAUUCAUUUUCAAUUCUGGUGAUCAUUAGUUCCCCCAUGAGAUUUUUUUUAACAUAGCUUCUUCUGGGUUUUUUUUUUUUUUGUCUGCUUAGAAAUGUAGUGUGCAGUCUUUUUCAGUAUUUAGGUGAAACUACUUUCAGCAUUGCCAUUAAUUAACACUGCUGCACAGUGUUAGUAUCAAUCGGUUUGAUCUCUGCUAUUAUAAAUGAAGGCCUGCCAGUAAUACACUCCAUUUUGUGAUUUUGAAACUGCAUGACAAUCAUAGUUAUAUGGAGCAGUGAUCAUCAAACAAGUACUUUAACAAAUUGAAGGACUGUGUUUUAUGAAUGCGUUGACCAGUUUUUGCUGUUUCCAUUGGGUUUGUAAGUGUAAUGACAAACUGCAAGUGUCUGUACAACCUGAUAGAUCAUGUGCUGUGAUUGUGUGUAUUGUGUAUAAAUGUACUGUUAAGUAAUUAGUUAUUGUAAUAAAAACAUUGGUUAUUUUUUAUAUUCUGUAGCUGCCCUGAGGAAGUGUAGAGAAAUAUUUUGGCCUUCUUUGUUAUCUUUCCUCUUUUAGUAAAUCAAAGUUUAGAUUCAAUACUCAUUUGGAGUAUAAAGACAGUUUAUUACCCUGUGUGACCACUAGGUGGAUAACGUAAUCACUUUGCAUUUGAACUGUUAUUCAUUUUUUAAGCUUGCUAUUUUAUGGGACCACAUAAAUUUAGGUACCGUAUGAUUAUAUACUGUACGUAGAGUGAUCUGAGGAGUACAGCUCCUAGCAUUUUAAUAACCUUUAACUAAUCGAUGACUUGGGCUUAUAACACAUUUGCAUGUGUUCCUCUGUGCCGCUUCCGUUGCUGCAUUUGUAAUUGACACACCGUUAUCCGCAAACUCGAAACCGUAUUUAAUUUCUUUAUCUCGGUGUAUUAUGCAACUAGAGAUUAUAGAGAAAUAUAUGGUCUAUUUAAAAGUGCGUAUCAACAUAGGCGAGGUUUUUCAAACUAGUCAGUGUUGCAAGACGUGUUGACAGGGUAGAGAUGUAAAUUUUACGUAUUCCUGACCUUCAGUGGCAUAACCUGUAUUGUUAACAUGUUUUUGAUUUUUUGUUUGUUUAUUUAAUUUAUUUAUGCUGAAGAAUAAAUUUAAAGUAGAGCUUC